AUGUUUCGCAUUCGCAGAAUCUUGUCUUACCGUGCACUCGCAUCAUGCACCCGCAAUGCACUUUCUUCAUCGGAAACACGUUCUCUCCCUCAUUCCCAUUCCCCAAUUCUUCCUCCUCCUUCAUUUCUAGGAGUAGGAAUCACAGAAAACCAUGGAUCAAUCUCUUUUUCAAAGCUUAUGUCUUCAAGAGCAUCAUCAUCUGAACAAGGAAAAGGCACAGAAAAGACAAAAAAGGAGAUAACAAAUGUUGAGAAUCCAUUUGAUGAUGCUCCAACAUAUAACAUUCCCGAGAAGCCAGUAACAUUCGUGGAGGGGGCAUCCUACAGUGUGAUCAUUCUUGCAGGGCUCGGAGUUGCGGCUGCUGCUGGAUAUGCGGUUUUCAAGGAGCUUAUAUUUCAGCCCAAAGAGUACAAGAUCUAUAACAAGGCUCUCAAAAGAAUUCAAGAUGAUGGUCAGGUCAGAGUGAGGAUUGGAUCCCCAAUUACAGGUUAUGGCCAAGAGAGUAGAAAUCGCGCAGCUCGUCAAAGAAUUCCCAAUAGGGUUUGGACUGACGAGGAGGGUGUUGAGCAUGUAGAGGUUAAUUUCUUUAUCCGGGCCCCCCAUGGACAUGGAAAAGUAUUUGCUGAGAUGUUCAAAGGAGCUGACGGUGAGUGGAAAUUCACAUACUUGAUUGUUGAGAUUAGAGCACCCUCUCCAGCACAAUUAAUUCUGGAGUCAUAUAUCCCAUCUUACAACACAAACAAGUAG